GAACCUACUUAAUAGUGGAGUCUACAACAUCUACAGCAGUCAUAAUAUUAGGAUAGAUUUUAACUUUGACUCGUUUGGACUCAAGCAGCAGCAGAUUCUCCAGCAGCCAACAUGAAAAUUGCAGCGUUUAACAUUCAGAAGUUUGGACGGCGCAAAGUGUCGGACCCAAAAGUUCUGAAGAUCCUGGUUAAGAUUAUUUCCCGGUAUGACAUCAUUGUGAUCCUGGAGGUCGUAGACGCUAAAGGGAAAUCAGUGGAAACAUUAAAGCAAGCACUCAACAAAGCCAACCCAACAAAGCCCUACACUCUGAAAAUCAGCACUCACCUGGGCCGAUCGCACUACAAGGAGCAGUUCCUGUUCUUCUACAGGGACGACCUGGUUGACCUUGUGGACUCAUACCAGUAUGAUGAUGAGAAGACUGGGGGAGAGGACGUCUUUGCCAGGGAUCCCUAUAUCCUUCGAUUCAGAUGCCCAAAUUCAGUUCUGGAAGAUUUGGUGAUGAUCCCAGUUCACACCACACCAAAGGACGCAAAGAAGGAGCUGGACGAGCUCUACGACGUCUUCCUUCACAUCAAGGAGAGUUGGAAAACUGAUAACGUGAUGAUCCUGGGUGACUUUAAUGCCUGCGGUAGGUAUGUUUCAAAGAAGGGCAUGAAGACCAUCCAAAUCCGUAGAGACGAAAAAUUCCACUGGCUGAUCGGAGAUGAUGUGGACACCACUGCAAGCAACGAUAAUACCCACACAUACGACCGGAUUGUUGUCUACGGAGAGGACAUGUUUCAGGCUGUAGUUCGAAAUUCUGCUAAAUCCUUCAACUUCCAGAAAGCCUUCAAGCUCUCAGACAAGCAGGCUGUGAAAGUGAGCGACCAUUAUCCGGUGGAGGUGAGGCUGAAGCGCAAAGUUACUAAGAAAUAAGGAUGGCAAUGGUGCAAGACCCAAGUCUGGCAGAUGACCUCCAGAGCGGAGCAGCAGAGAGGCCUAUUCCACACCGAGUCUAUAAGCAUAAUAAAAUAAAGACAUAAACCUUUAAACAUAA